CCCACCCCUAUUCCUGAGGCCCUGGAACCAAAGAGCCGACCUGCUGUGGCCCCUAAGCCCAAGAGGCUUCCCUCCAACAUUAUCCUGAAGUCUCACAAGUUAGACAGUCACCCAAGCCCCUCGCCCAUUGACAGGUCAAUGAUUGACCCCCAGAAGGUGCGCAGGGAGGCCCUACGGAAGCUUGGGCUCCUGAAGACUGAAGAUGGAGACUCAGGCCCUGUCGUUUCAUCCAAAUCCAGGAAGUCAUGGGCAUCCCCUCCUUCUCACAGCCUGGUUACCACCCAGACCAAAGCCCCAGCCAAAAUCCCUACCCCAGCUCCAGUCCCAGCCAUCACCCUUACCCCAGUCCCUGCCAUCACCCUUACCCCAGUUCCUGCCCUAGCACUAACUCCAGCACUAGUCACAGCCCCAGUUUCAGCGACUAUCCCAUCCCCUCCCACUACCCCAGCCCCAGCCCCAGCCCAAUUCAGUGACAAUGCCAAAACUCUGCCCUCACCUGCUACACUUCCUUCACCACCCAUGCAUAUUCCCCCUCCCAUAGGGGUCAAAUCAGCGACUCUGGAGCGCUCCGGCAAGGGCCUGAGCAGCUACAUGGCCAGUAAUGCCUCCCUCAGGGCCAACCAAGGUCCCAAAGUCGCACUAUCCCCUGGCAACCUGCGCAACUCUCGACCUCGCCCCGCCUCCCUAGGAACUGGGAAAGACUUUGUGAAUGUUCAGGGUGAGGCCUCCCACCCCCAGCCAGUUCAUGGGGAGUCCCAUAACAAGCUGCCCCGCUCCCAUGGCAUCAGUGUGCUCAUCUGCCCCAACAGCAAGAGUGGAGAGGACCGACGGGAGGCCCUGAAGAAGCUAGGACUGCUGGGGGACUGAGGGCAUGAAGAGGGGCAAUGUAACUGCACCAUUACAUAAUCAAUAGGAGGGGUGAGGUCUGAGGAGGAUGUUCUUAAUAUGGAUUCCGUACAACUAAGCCAUCCUCUAGUCUUUGGUCACUGGAACACUUACAUUUAUGAGAAGAUUAUUCUCCCCAUAAAAAUGCCUUCUUUGAAGCAAUAUGCAAAGAGCACUAUUUGAUUGAUGGAGAAUUACUUGGCUCUACAGACAGCUACAGUAUAUAUUCAUAGAGGGCAGUGUCUUUUUGCCUUACUGCACAGAAAUGCUGUAUGUACCCGAAGACUGCCUUUUAAUGAAUAUCAUGAUUACAAUAUACUACUAUGAGAUACUACACUAACUACAGUAUGCAGUACCGUAGGUAAAUGAAAGGCUGUUUGUAAACCUCAUUUGACAUAUUCAGUAAUUUUCUAAAUAAAAUACAAUAAACUCCAUGAGGGAUGUUGUGUUAUGAAAUUGUAUGGCAUCCUCUACACAAUCUGUUUUCUAAAAUGGGGAAUAGACAUGAUGUUAUUGUUACAGUUAAGGAUGUGCCUUUAUAACUUCUCUUUUCACGUAACCCUUUGAUAAGAAUACUAUCGUUUUAACUUCCUAAAGUUCCUCUAACCUCCCCUCAGUUAUUGUUAUUUGGGGGGACCAUGGCAACCAGUAAAAAUGUUUUUGCUGAUUUGCAAUUUGACUCGGACUCAAUUAAAGGUGUCUAAAGACUU